AUGGCUAUCACCGUUGGAGAAAACGCACCUGCAGUCACACUCGCCUCGCAAGCCGAGGGCAGCCACGUCCAGCCCAACAGCCAGGCUGCUGCCCCAAAGCGGAAGGCGCGGCGGCAGAACCGCAAGCGCAAUGUGGUCUGCCGCUACAUCCAGCGCGGCGAAGAAUGCAAGGCCGGCAACGACUGCCAGUUCCUGCACACGCAAGAUCCCGUGGCCGAUGACCGGGAUAACCGCAAGGGCAGAGGCAAGAAACCCCGCGGCAAAAAGGGCAAGUCCGACACGUACCGUAAAACGCAGAUCGAGGAUAUGCUGAAGGCGCCUAGGCUGACAGUCAAACGGCUGAGCUCCGACCGCAACGAGACUGCGCUGGCAGUCGAGAUGCGGCCGUCGGAUCCGGACUUCCCAUUUGAUGUGUCGCGGGUGUACAUGGCGCUGGUGGUGCCUGGCAGCUAUCCAACAGCACGCACAUCGGACGCAAUGCUAUCCAUCCAGAUAGCGAACAAGAAUAUCCCAGCUGGUGUCAAGCGCAACAUUGAGGUGAUGUUUGGCAAGUAUGUGCGCAAAACAGUCAAUCAAGCAAUUGAUGCGGACAACGCAGAGGAUAUCCCGACGCUCGAAGAGUAUGUGGACUGGCUAGACAAGAACCUCGAGAACAUGAUGCAGCAGAAGCCAGCGACGACAAUGAAGUUCACGACGUUCAGCAGGCCCGCUGUGCAGGAGAAGCCGCGGCUGGAGGAAAAGCCAAGGAUCGAGGACGAUGUGGCUAGCCAUAGCUCGGUCUCAUCGGCCACCACGCAGCUCUCAGCGUCCCGACCACCUGUGCGUCGACCAGUCCCGCGUCCACUGCAGAAUACUGCUGCAGCCACACCUAGUGCAGCAGGCGAAAACCCGCGGCGCACCAUUGAGCUCCAGCAGCUGCAGCGGCGGUUCCGCAGCUCCUACUCUAUCGUCUCGGACGAUCCAUCGGGCGACACUAUAGUUGGCAUCGACAUUGUGCCGUCGGAUCCUGAUAUGCCUGUCGACGUCACGCUGCUCAAGAGCGAGCUUGUAGUUGCGCGCACAUACCCAGACUCGGCCGAGUCCGCUACACUGCGACUUACGGAGGUCCUGGGCCGCAAGAACCGCCAGACUACGUGGGAUCCUCCCGAGGGCCGUCGGGCUUACAUGGACUUUAUUGAAAUGUGCUUUAAGGAGCAUGCCAAUGCAGCACCCAGCAAUUCGCUUCUGCAUCAUCUGAACUGGCUGGACCGACAGCUGGUUGAUCUUCUCACGUCGCCGCCGCCCCCGCCGCCGCCACCAGUCAAGCCACAGAACUCCACACCCAGCACUGAGAAGAAGACCACCAAGCCAGCGCUGUAUGAGGACACCACCAGCAGGCCGUGGGUCAAGACGAUUUCGAUUGCCGAGGCUGGUCUGCCGGCAGGCGUUGCAUCGAUGCACCUGAACGAUCUGGACGAAGAAGCCGACUCUGGCUCGAGCUCCUCGGACACCGAGAGUGAUCCGCAAGCCGAGUCUGCCGGAUCCGACUCGGACGAGAACUCGGAUGGCGGAUUCUCCAAGCCGCUGCGGCGCGGCACCGAGAUCCGGUUUGGCAAAACCGAGCUAGCAAACAUCUCCCUGGCGCACUGCCACUCGCUGAACCUCAGCGUGCGCUGCGCUCGCUGCAAAAGCAACACGGAGCUGAAGGCAAUAGCGCCGACACUGCGUACCGGCAAGGACAACCAGAUGUGGAAAUCAUGCGACUCGUGUGCCAGCUUGCUGGGCGUGCGGUUCCGCCCUGACUGGAUGUUCCAGGGCACCACCACACUGGGGUUCCUGGACUGCUCCGGCUGUGCGCCCAUCGAUUUGCUGCCGUCGAAGAUGACACUGGCGUGCGAGAAAUGCGCCAUGGGCGACGACCAGGCGACGCCUGUCGAUACGAUUGCGGCGGUUGGUGUGGGCGCACCUCUGCAGACAAACUGCAGGACGUGCUUCCAGCGGCUCAAGAUUGCGCUCAGCGAGCCGCAAUUCGUCCAGCUGAUGAGCGGGCCGAGCCUCGGCGGCGCCGGCAGCGCCUCGCAGAUUCAGAGGGAGGUUACGCGGACUCACAAGGCCAAGGUUGACAAGCGCAUGGAGCUUGCCAAGCUCGGCGUCGUGCCUGGCCAGCCCCUGCCAGACCGCGGCGCCUGCAAGCACUACCGCAAGAGCAACCGCUGGCUACGGUUCCCGUGCUGUGGCAAGACAUACCCAUGUGGUGAGUGCCACGACGACAAGGAAGACCACCCGCACGAGUUCGCACACAAUAUGAUCUGCGGGCUGUGUGCCAAGGAGCAGAGAAUCGCAAAGGCCGACUUGGCCGGCGUGUGUAUCGGGUGCGGUGGCCAGGUUGUGAAGAAAAUCGAUGGAAACAACGCCUUCUGGCAGGGCGGCACGGGCGUGCGCGACAAGAAGCGCAUGAGCCGCAAGGAUACCAAGAAGUACCAGGGCAUUGGAAAGACCAUUUCUAACCACAAGCUGGCUCAAAGCAAAAAGCAAUAGACUACAUUGACUAACAGGAUAAGUAAUAAAGAUAUUUUC